AUGGAAAAUAUUUCGGACCAAACGCUGAAAAAGGAGAUAAAAAAAGAGAUCGAGGAGUUCUACGAGAAGAAGAACAUGGUCCUUUUUCAUCGACAAAUUUUGAAUGCCGCCGAGGAAUUUGGAGAGGAUGUGGCAUUGGUGAGUGGGGAUGCUGUAGAGAAAAAGUUUUUUGAGAGGUUGUUUUUGAAUUUUGAGGAGACUUGGGAACUUUGGAGGCGAAAAGGAAAAUUUCUUAUAUUGCACUAGGCUAGCUGAAGGUAAGGCAAUAUCUCAAAAUUAGAAAUUCCAAUUGCCUCUAAAUUUGGUAUUCUUACUCUAAAUAGACACAGUAAUAAUUGCUGACAAUUUCACCUGCAAUUUUUUUCGCGGAAAAUGUCGAAAAUUUCAAUUUGAAAAUUAAAAUGAUGACUAAAUUUUCCCAGUCAAGUUCUAAAAGGCCAGCUCUCCAAUUUUCUUCAAAUUUGGUGUGAAUGCUCUAGCAAUCCAACCAAUAACUCUCUAAAAAAAUUAGUUCUUUCUAUGCAAGCAGAGCCGAGAUAUUCAACGAUCUUUGCAGACGAGAGAUUAUGCAAAAUGGGAGGGACGGUCAGAGAAAGCGGAUUUUUUUUCUUUGACGGUUUCUUCUCGUUUUCAUGGUGUCUUGACUACAAAUAAAGUUGAAGGUCUUGAGCGUUAUUAUGAGGUCUAACACCCAGCUUUAGAAAUGAAUAAAGUUUUUUUUUUAAUUUUUGGCAUUUUUUGAUCAAAAAAUGUCGUUUGAAAUCAUUGGCGAAAUAAAAAGUUUUAUGGAAUCCCUCUUCGAAGACUAUACGUUUUAAAAAUUAUCUAGCAGGGGAAGUACUCCAAGUGCGACGCUCAGAUUUUGAUGAAGCUUGGCACAGAUUUAGAGUAAUUUUUUCUAAAAUAUAUGCGAGAAUCCUAGCUCGCGCUUUGCAGAAACAACCGAGAUUUUUAGAUCGAAAGUCGGCGAAAAUUGAUGACUUUUUGCCGAAUUUCGGCACGAAAAGUUUCACGCCUAUUUCUAUUGUAAAGGAUAAUGUUUCUACAAAGAAUCAAAAUUUUCCGCAGGAAACUGCCAAAGUUAUGGCCAAAAAGCGGUUUUCUUUCUGACCGCGCUCCACGUUUAGCGUUCUCCCUCGGCGGCAAAAAUCGUUCGAUAUCUCGGCGGCGCCUAUAAAGCGCGAGCUAAAACUUUCAGGAAUUGAUAUUUAGUCCAUACCCGACGUAUGUGCAAAAUUUAACAAGGAAAGUACUUUUAUGGGGGCUCCUACUUUUUGACGGGACAUAUCUCAAAAAAUCAGAAAAAAUGUGCUGAUCAAGGAUAUAUAAAUCUUAGCUGCCCAUUUUAGGGUUUUAGGGGUGAAAACUCAAUCGGAAGUUGACUUAAAGUCCUAUAUGAACCCCUUUUCGCCUAAUUUUUCACGGGUUUACAAUUUUUAUUUUGGCUUAAAAUGAUGUUUAUUGAGUUUCUAAGACGUAAUAAAUCAGUCUUGGCCCAAAAAUUUAUUUUUCCGACCUUCAACUUCAAAAAAAGUUGAUUCAGCCCAAAAGGGAAAUCGAACCUGUGCGGCGUUCCCUCUCUUGAUUCCCAGACUACGGCACUAACCACUCGGCCACAUCGCCCUCUUCCGAAGGAAGAGACCGACUGCGCUUUUUAUCGUUUCGAAUGCAUGCGCCUUUUGUAGGGAAAUUGAGCCAGUUUUUGGGCAUUUUCACCCCAAAAAGCCCAAAAUGGGCAGCUAAGAUUUAUAUAUCCUUGAUCAGCACAUUUUUUUCUGAUUUUUUGAGGUAUGUCGCGUCAAAAAGUAGGAGCCCCCAUAAAAGUACUUUCCUUGUAAAGAAAAUCUGAGCGUCGCACUUGGAGUACUUCCCCUGUAAGACUGUACCAAGUUUUAUCAAACUUUGAGCGUCGAACUUGGGAUAUACUCUCCUGUUAGUGGUAAAAUAGGGUCGUCUUUAGUAUCUCCUUUAAAAAUACACCGACAAAAUUUCAGACCGACGCCGAAACCGGCGAGCACUUGAGUUUCAAGGAGCUGCGUCGACGAGUUUUUGUCCUCGCCCAAGAACUUCGUGAAGUUUAUUCGGUUGGCCCUGGUGAUAUUGUCGUUUGUUUCUCACCGAAUUCCAUUUAUUACCCUGUUUUCUUCUUGGCCUCGGCUUUGGUGGGGGCUUCGUUGACUGGGGUGAAUCCGGAGUUCACUGUUGGUAAGAGAAAGGAUGAUUUUGAAGGUGAUUUUGUAGAUGAGCUGGGAUUUUAUAUCCGAAAGACGAAAUGCAAAUGCGUCGUAACGAAUGCUGACUUGUUGGAGAAGGUUGUUCAGGCGGCUUCUGGGAAUCCGGUAAGUGGCUUUUGUGGGGAGAUUUUUUUGGGAACCUCACAAGGAUUAUUCCUGAUGGGGCGCCAUUGACAGGAGAAGUACUCAAAGUUCUGUUUGGGGAAGGUUUACAUACUAAUAUUAGUAUUUUCAUAAAGUGCACGGACAUUUUUUGUCUUUUGCACAUCAGUUUUACAUUUUUUUGCGGCCCGCACGGUGCACAAAAAACUCCAUUUUUCACCGUGCAUUUCACUUUUUUUAACUUUUUUUCAAUGCACUGUGCAUUGAAAUAUCACUGCGACAUACAAGUUUCAACUGCGUCGCUGCGACAGCGCCAGGAAUUUGCACAGAAAAUGCGUUUACGCAUCAGUCUGUCUGGAAAAUAAUGAGUUCUCUAUCGCAUAGCCGCAGAGAAAAUCAGCGACAUGAUCUGUAAUCAAUUUUAAAAUACGACACAAAAAAUAAUAUUCUUUUUAGCUUCCAAUUUUCGUAAUUGGAAAGCUCGCCGGCCAAUUGGGAAUCGACUUGGAGCGUCUUCUCCAAACCGCUCCAACUUGCGACAAUCUGGAUUAUGAUAAGGAUUUGGAUGUGGAUCAUGUUGUAUUGACUCCAUUGAGCAGUGGGACCACCGGAACUCCGAAAUGUGUAAUGUUAACACAUCAAAAUUUCAUCGUUCAAACAGAGGUUUUAAAGGAGUAAGUUGAUGGAAAUGGUGGUCAAUACAAAAAUUUAAAUUCGGGAAUUAUGUUUUUAAAAUACGGGACGUGAUAUCCUUCUAUAAAAAUUAAAAAAAAGAUAAAUUUUUUAAAAUUUUUAAAAUUAUUUUUUUAAAAAAUAUUUGAAUUUUUUCUUCAUUUUCGGCCAAAAAAUGCAAAUUUUCCCAAAAGAAAAAAUAAAAAAUUUUUAAACCAUUUUUUAAAUACAAAAAAUUUUUUUUUUGUUUUUUAAAGUGAAGAAUCCAUGGUUGCAUAUUUCGUAUUUUAAAACAUUUUUUAUGAAUUUCUAUUUAAUUCAGAGUCCUCUUCGACCGCUUGUCCCAGGCCGGCGGUCGUCGCUCGACCAUCGGAGUCCUCCCUUUCUACCAUGCCAGUGGAUUUUGGGCGCUUUGCUUCUGUUUAUUGGCUGGACAUCACACUGUGGUCAUGCAGAAGUUCCAGGCGCCACUUUUGUUGAGCUGCAUUGAGGAUUAUCAGGUGAAAAAGUUUAAAAGGAACUGUAUUUGGCAUUUACCGUAUUUUAAAAAUAUUUUUUUGAUUUUUUUGUUUGACUUUGUAAUUUUUUAAACUUUUUUUAUUUUUUUUUAAAUUCUUUUUUGAUUUUUUUGUUUUUUGAUUUUUAAAUUUUUUUUUAAUUUUUUUAAAUUUUUUUUUGUUUUUUUUUUGAUUUUUUUGUUUUUUGAUUUUUAAAUUUUUUUAAAUAAAAAUUUUUUUUUAAUUUUUGUAUUAAAAAAUAUUUUUCAGGUCGAUGUCCUCAAUAUCAUCCCUUCAAUUGUCACAUUUUUGCUGAAAAAUGAUGCGUUGGUCAAGGAGUUUGACUUGAGUUCAGUGAAGACGGUUCUUUGCGGAAGUGCUCCAUUGUCCAGAGAAAUGACUCAGGAUUUCAUGGAGAAGUUUCCUCACGUUGUCGAUUUCGUACACGGUAAUGUAAUUAAAUUUUUUUUUACAAGGAAAGUACUUUUAUGGGGGCUCCUACUUUUUGACGGGACAUACCUCAAAAAAUCAGAAAAAAUGUGCUGAUCAAGGAUAUAUAAAUCUUAGCUGCCCAUUUUGGGCUUUUAGGGGUGAAAAUGCCCAAAAACUGGCUCAAUUUCCCUACAAAAGGCGCAUGCAUUCGAAACGAUAAAAAGCGCAGUCGGUCUCUUCCUUCGGAAGAGAGCGGUGUUGCCGAGUGGUUAGUGCCGCAGUCUGGGAAUCAAGAGGGGGGACGCCGCACGGGUUCGAUUUCCCUUUUGGGCCGAAUCAACUUUUUUUAAAGUUGAAGGUCGGAAAAAUAAAAUUUUGUGCCAAGACUGAUUUAUUACGUAUUAGAAUCUCAAUAAACAUCAUUUUAAGCCAAAAUAAAAAUUGUAAACCCGUGAAAAAUUAAGCGAAAAGGGGUUCAUAUAGGACUUUAAGUCAACUUUCAAUUGAGUUUUCACCCCUAAAAACCUAAAAUGGGCAGCUAAGAUUUAUGUAUCCUUGAUCAGCACAUUUUUUCUGAUUUUUUGAGAUAUGUCCCGUCAAAAAGUAGGAGCCCCCAUAAAAGUACUUUCCUUGUUAAAAUAAAAAAUAUAAAAAAAGAAAAAAAAGUUGAAAAAAAAAUAAAAAAAAAUCAGAAAUUUUUUUAUUUUAUUUUCAGAAUAAUCUUAAAAAAUAAAAAAAUACAAAAAAUGCAAAAAAUAAAAAAAAAUUUUUUUAAAAUUUUUUUUUGCUUCUUUCAAUUUUUCCCCCAAAAAAUCUCAUUUUGACUAAAAAUUGACGUGAUUUUUCAGUUUCAGGCUACGGUAUGACGGAGAUCGUAGCCCUGAGUCAUCUCAGUCCUCUGGACCUUCCUCUCACCGACGUAAAACACCUCACUUCUUGCGGAAAACUGCUGCCUCGCUUCGAAAGCAAGGUCAUCGAUAUUGAAACGGCGGAAGAGAUAACGGAGCCAAAUCGAAAAGGAGAGCUUUUGUUGAGGUCCGACUGUGUGAUGAAGGGAUAUUUGAAUGACCCUAAAGCAACUGAGGAGACCAUCGACUGUGAGAAGUGGCUGCAUACGGGUGGGCUUUUUAACUUGAUUUUUUGUGGAUUUAAAUUUGAAAAUCAUGUAAAUUUCAGGUGAUAUUGUGUAUUUUGACGCCGAAGGAUUUUACUUUAUUGUGGAUCGGAUUAAGAAUCUAAUCAAGGUGAAUGGAAUGCAGUUAUCUCCACUGGAGUUGGUAAGUAGAACCUAAAGGCAAACAAAUUUUCGUCGGUCUUCUCUUGCCAUAUCCAAUUUCAAUUUACCCACACUAUUGCAAAAAAAUCAUAGAGUGAAUCAUAAUGGCUUUCAUUGUCCGAUCAGGGUAUGAUCAGUGUCAAGACCUAGAUAUAGGUCAAGUAAUAAAGGUCCCUAAUCCAGUUCUACCUAAGAUCCCAAGCCCUAUGCGAACACAAAGACAACGACUAUACAAACAAGCGACAAUACAAAACUAUGCCCUGGGCAACAACUUCAAUAUGAACUCACGACGAUGGACUCCAGACGAUGUGACCACAACACAACAACAAUAGACUACAGUAGAAAUACGAUUUACUGCUCGAACCAAACAUACCACCGGGGAAAGACAAAACACGAAAAUAGUCAUAAUAAUUGGAGAUUCCUCUUCCUUUUAUACCAAUUUGUCGGUCAUUCCGCGGGAAUAUGCAAAUUCGCACGCGAAGUCGUAACAUCAGGGAAUCGCUCCAUCGGAGGUCAUGAUCUCCUAACAUCUUAUCUUGAAGCGCCCAAACGGUCGUCUAUAGGGGGAUGUCGAAUUCAUGCUGAUCCUUUGCCGUUUCCAACGAUUUCUUGAACAGCUCCAAUUUUCCCACAUUUUGGACUGAUCUAACGUUGACAUUAGGAACUUGAAAUCCAUUACAAUGAAUGGCUACUGUCAAGCCCUUUGUGCCCGCAGCGGCAUGGGUGGACAUGAAAAACCGACCGCUCUCCAGGAAGAAAUCCAUUUUCUGUGAAAUGGUUUGCCAAGGGGAACUGUUCGCCUAGGUGCACUCUUCGGCCAGAUUCACUGUUUACCCUGGAUUAUUCGGGCCAAACCCUAGUAUCAGUCUGUCGGGAAAACAAUGUCACUGCGCCAAUCACGACGCUGAAGUGAAAAGCAAUUUGAUUUGUCGCGACACAGCUAAUUUUCUCGCCGGCGAUGCAAUUUUCGAUGCGUCAGACCGGUCAUUAUUUUCCCGACAGACCGAUAUUUUGAGCGUAAAACGUCUAGUAACUACGAAACCAGCCUGUCAUUUUUUCAGGCUGUUUCAAUAAGUAUGAGCAAUUUCAGGAACACCUCCUACUAGCAAAUGAUAUUGUCGCCGAAGCCGCGGUUAUCGGAGUCCCCGCCGAAUCCUUCGGCGAAGUCCCUCGGGCAUUUGUCGUGUUAAAUUCGGUCCCAGAAGAUGCUCAAAAAGUGACGGAGCAGCUGAGAGAGUCUGUGAAUGGUAAGAAAAAACAUAUUUCUUAGUUUUGUUUGUAAAAUACGAGAUGCCAUGAUGCUGCGAAAUUAAUUUAAAAAAAAUUAAAACUUUCAGCGCAAGUCGCCGCAUACAAACAGCUCCGUGGCGGCCUCGUGAUUCUUCCAAGUUUGCCGAGAACUGCCUCGGGCAAGGUGCAAAAAGAGGAGCUCCGUCGCUUCUCGCUGACUCCAGUUAUUCUCCCGCAAAUUACCGAGACUUUGGUCGAUCUUAAAAUUAACGAAACUGAGGCAAGAAAGGAGGAAAAUACAGUAACCCAAAAUCCAAAAAUUGCAGUGAAGUUGGAGGACAUUUGCAGCGACGAAGACGAAACCUUUUUGUGA